GCUGCGCUGCUGCUGACGCGCUGCAGCUGCUGCUGCGUCAGGCUGCAGCUGCACGCGCCUCCGCAGACGGACCGCGCCUCCGCAGCCGCUCGGCCCGUCCUCCGUCUGCUCAUCAUGUCUUCGCGGCCGCAGCAGCAUUCGUCGCUGUGAGCCGGUUCAGAGGCAGCGGCGAGGACGCGGAGGAGCUCAGGAUGAUGUCGUCUUUCUACCAUCCCGGGAAGGAGGCGGACAUGGCGGCCAUGGCGGAGCCGCUGUGCCUGGAGAGAGAUGUGUGCAGAGUGAUCGAACUGCUGGACCGACUUCAGAGGACCGGAGAGCUCCCCCCUCCCAAACUCCAAGCCCUGCAGAGAGUCUUGCAGAGUAAAUUUUGUGCCGCUAUCAGAGAGGUGUACGAGCAGCUCUAUGACACUCUGGACAUUGUUGGGGGGCCAGAGGUACGAGCUCAAGCCACAGCAAAGGCCACUGUGGCGGCGUUUGCAGCGAGUGAGGGUCACGCCCACCCCAGAGUGGUGGAACUGCCAAAGACAGAUGAAGGGCUGGGCUUUAACAUCAUGGGAGGAAAGGAGCAGAACUCUCCCAUUUACAUCUCUAGAGUCAUUCCUGGAGGGGUGGCUGAUCGCCAGGGGGGGCUGAAGAGAGGAGACCAGCUGCUGUCAGUCAAUGGAGUGAGUGUGGAGGGGGAGCAGCAUGAGAAGGCUGUGGAGCUGCUCAAAGCUGCUCAGGGAUCCGUCAAACUGGUCGUCCGCUACACCCCAAAGGUUCUGGAGGAAAUGGAGGCUCGCUUUGAGAAGAUGAGGAGCGCCCGGAGGCGUCAGCAGCACACCAGCUACUCGUGAGGCUGCUUGUCUCUUGAAUCCAGAGGCUAAUGAAUCUCCACCUCAUCGCUCCACCCAUCCGGAUUCUGCCUCCAGAAGAUGAGAAAGAACAGAAAAUAGUCUCCACCCAACAGCUGUUUUCUGGAGCGAACAAUUCAGGAUCUCUCCUUUCUUCCUGUUCCUCAGAAAGUGCUGAGUGUCGUCAGAUGAUUCCUGUAAAAUUACCUCGUCAUUGUGAAGUUGUCAGCAUCGCUCAUCUUCUGCCUACACGUCUCCUUCUAUGUGUGUGGCUCGUCUGGAGGCUAAUGUCAGUGUGGUCAUGUGUUUGUUCUGUUUCUCAGCAGAGGAGUGAAGCCUUCAGCCUUUAUCACUCCAACACAAACCUGAGCUAGAGGGCUAAUAGUUCACACUAUCAAGAGCUACAGUUACCUCAACAGUUACCUUUGAGAUUGUUUUGUAUUUAUUCCAGUAGUCGUGUGUUUGCAUAACUGUCCAUGAAAUAAAUUUUCAUUUCAAGUCUUCUGCAUCA